AUGGCGGAGAUGGGGAAGACCGUGAUGUGUCGGUUCAUAGAUACCGAAGGGAUUCCUUUAGGUAACCCUAUGUAUAUCCCUCAGCAAGCAGGGCCUUUGCAGCUUACCGAGCUAGCCAACCGAUUUCUCAACAAUGAGGAGAAGUUGCCCUACACUUUCUAUGUAUCAGGCGAGGAACUUCUUGUAUGUCUGUUGGGAAAUUGUGUGAAUUCAGUGUCUGUGGAGCAGAUUCUGACGAUAGUGUAUCGAGAACAAGCUGUUUUCCGAACUCGCCCGGUUAACCGUAUUUCUGCUAGUAUUGCUGGUCAUCAGGGCCCUGUUCUGUGUGUCUCAUUCAGUCCUGACGGUAAGCAGUUAGCAAGUGGAUCCGGUGAUACUACUGUCCGGCUGUGGGAUCUCAACACUCAGACCCCAAUGUUUACAUGCAGAGGUCACAGUAUGUCGGUUUUGGCGGUUGCAUGGUCUCCGGAUGGUAAGCACCUUGUUAGUGGUAGUAAAUCUGGUGAAGUCUGUUGUUGGGUACCAGAAACCGGAGUGCUAGAUGGCAGUCCCCUUAAGGGGCACAAGAGCUGGAUUACUAGUAUCUCGUGGGAACCAGGGCACCUUAACUACCCAUGCCGUCGGUUCGUAACCUGUAGCAAAGAUGGGGAUGCAAGGAUAUGGGACAUUACACUGAAGAGAUCUGUGGCUUGUCUCAGUGGACAUACACGUGGCGUGACUUGUGUCAAAUGGGGAGGAGAGGGGUUUAUUUAUACAGGUUCUCAAGAUUGUACAGUAAAGAUGUGGGGCUUUACUCAGGAUGGGGCUCUAUGUUUGAAGGCACAAUUGAAGGGGCAUGGACAUUGGGUGAACUCUCUUGCAUUGAGCACGGACUAUGUUCUCCGGACAGGAGCCUUUGACCACACUGGAAAACAACCUGAAGAAGUUAAAGAGGCAGCGCUCAAAAGAUACGACCAAGCAAAAGGAAAGUAUGGUGAAAGAUUAGUGUCAGGUUCUGAUGACUUUAGAUUGAUUAUGUGGCAACAGUCUGUUAGCGACCAACCUAAAAAGCAUUUGUUCGGUCAUCGUGAGACUGUAAACCAUGUCUGUUUCUCACCUAAUGGCCAGUGGAUUGCAAGUGCGUCGUUUGAUAACUCUGUCAAGAUAUGGGAUGGUAUCACGGGAGAAUUUGUUACAAGUUUGUUCGGUCAUGUUGGACCUGUUUUUCAGAUCAGGUUUGGUAGAUUUCUUGAGCAUUACUACUACUUCCAUGUUUCCACUUUUGUAGUGUAG